AUGAACUCCACACGCGCCAUCACCAUCCCUACUGGACGGUUCAACUUCAACUCCCAGACCGAAGCGGACUGCCGAUUCAUGUUCCGUUUCGGUAAGACCGAUAUCCCCGAACUCGCACGUCUUCUUGGGUUCCCCGAUCCCUUCAUCACCAAGGCCCGCUACCACGCGACUGCUAUCGAGGUCGUUUGCAUCAUGCUCAUUCGUCUGGCGUGGCCUCAUCGUCUUGGGUCCAUGGUUCAAACAUUUGGGCGCAGCCGAGAGGCGUUGUCUGCACUUUCAAACGCGGCAAUGCUACAUGUGUAUGAGCGAUUCGGCCACCUCCUCGACUGGGACUAUCAGCGACUCGACAGCCAAUGGAUGCAGCGCUGCGGUGAUGCUAUUUACAUGCAAGGGGCGCCUCUGAAGACCUGCAUUGGGUUUAUUGACGGCACACGCAAACAUGCCCUCAAGUACCAAGCUGUAAUGUCGCCGGAUGGAAUUAUUGUUCAUCUCCACGGUCCUGAGCCUGGCUCUCGCCAUGAUGCUUAUCUUCUCGCUCGGAGCCAGCUUGUUAGUAAGCUACAAGACAAGCUACCCGUCGAAAACACCCGUUACGUGAUCUACGGAGACCCCGCGUAUGGGAUCAAUGAUGUGAUUGCAUCCGGAAUUAAAGGAGCAAGAUUGGACGUGCGCGAGGCCGAAUUUAAUCGUCGUAUGAGUGCAGUCCGUGUCAGCGUGGAGUGGGGGUUUGGUAUAGUCCGCAAUUUGUGGACAUUUGUCGACUAUAGAGGAGGACAGAAGCUUUGGUUCCAUGCCGUAGGCGUGCACUAUAGUGUUGCUGUCAUCCUAACGAACGUGCACACCUGCAUGAAGGAAGGCAAUCAAGUUUCCAGCUACUUUGGAAUGAAACCUCCAACGGCGGAGGAAUACCUGCGCCCCCAAGCUUAA